AAUCGAUCAUAACGAAAUCAAAUUAACAACGCUCUUGUCAAUGUCAUCUGUCAUGCGGCGAUAUUAAACAUUUAUUAUAAAAAGAUUGUUGAAGAAGUAAAGGAAGAAAAGUGGAAAGUUUACGAAAACAUUUUUAAAUGAGUACCUAUUUUCAUAUUUUGGGGUACAAAAUUAUUCCUUAAAGAUACAAGCCGACAAAGCAAAGUUGCGGUAGGACAGAUAUCGCGGUUAUUCAUUGAUUACACCAUAUUGAUAGAUAGUAGAUAAUAAUAAAAACAAAAUGACGGAUUUACCGUACAGUGUUGAAUACGCCAAAUCUUCUAGAGCGUCGUGCAAAUUAUGUAAGAAUACAAUAGAUCAGGGAACAUUACGAAUUGCUUUGAUGGUGCAGUCUCCAUUUUUUGAUGGCAAACAACCUAAUUGGCACCAUUUGGACUGUUUAUUUUCAAAGAAACCCCCUACAGCUAUAAGUGAGAUUGCUAACUUUAACAAAAUCAAACAUGAAGAUCAAGAAGCAAUCAAGAAAAAAAUUAGUGGUGAAGACAAGGGUACUAAAAGAGGCAAAAACAAAAAGAAUGGAGCCAUGCCAUAUACUGUAGAAUAUUCUAAAUCAAGUAGAGCUACUUGUAGACACUGUGAUAUUAAAAUAUGUAAGGAUGAAAUCAGAGUUGCCAAAAUUGAUUAUGAUCCAAAGUAUGGGGAUCAUCCGUUGUGGCACCAUGUUAAAUGUUUUGCAGAAAAAAAGGUUGAAUUAAAUUUUCUUGGAGGUGGAGAAGAACUGCCAGGUUUUAAAUCACUCAAAAAAGAGGAUCAAAAUAUUGUUAAACAAGAAAUCAGGAGUUCUGAAGGUGAUGAGGUGCCCAUAAAGAAGAUAAAAAAAGAACCCAAAGAAGAAGAAGAUGUGAAAGCAGAAGCUGAGCUUAAAAAGCAGCUUGUGAAACAGAGCAAGCUAUAUGACAAGUCAAAAGACGCUUUGAGUCAAUUUACUAAGAAUGAGCUGCAUGAACUUCUACAAGCUAAUGAUCAAGAUGUACUCACAGGACGUGAUGAGUGCCUGAAUCAUUUAGCCGACUGCAUGGCAUUUGGUGUACCUGAGCCUUGUCCUGAAUGCAAGCAGGGCCAAUUAGUACUCGACACUUUCUACUACAAAUGUACAGGAGACAUGAACGAAUGGACGAAAUGCAUGUACAAAUCGAAGGAUCCAAAGAAAAAGAAAAUGGUGGUGCCACCAGAAUACAAAAAACAUUCCGCUUUCGCAAAAUACAAACCUAAAGUGACAACACGUAUAUUUGAAAGUGAACCUCCACCUCCUCCUACGAUAGUUAAAAAGGAAGAGCCAAUGGACAUUUCGAAACCAAAACCAAUUGCUCCUUUAAAGAAUCUACAAUUUUUCUUGUUGGGUAAAUUCAAAUCAUCAAAAGAAGAAGUCAAGAACCGUAUACUGAAGCUUGGAGGUCUCGUUGUAUCCAAGAUAACGGACACCACGGCGGCUGCUGUGUCCUCUAAAAAUGAAGUAAAGAAAAUGUCCGCCAAAAUGGAGGAACUACGUGAAAAAGAUAUUGAGGUAGUUGAAGAAACAUUCCUUGAUUUGAUUGACCCUAAAGAAGGUACAAUCUUGGACACCCUAAGACUGAUAAGAGAAAAUAAUAUCGCUGAUUGGGGAACUGACCCAAGUAAGCGGAUACCGCAAGAUGUACUAGAUGGAAAGUCAAUACAAAAAUCGGGAAGUCAAUAUGUUAAGUCCAAAUCUGGAAUCACUAAACUGAAAGUCAAAGGCGGUACCGCUGUUGAUCCUGACUCAGGCUUGGAAGACGUAGCCCAUGUGUACAAAGAUGGUGACGGCACUAAAUACACCAUUGUACUCAGCAAGACUGAUGUUGUUGAACAGAAGAACUCAUACUAUAAAUUACAAGUCCUUGAAGCUGAUAAUAAGAAAAAGUAUUGGCUAUUCAGGUCAUGGGGUAGAAUCGGUACACCCAUUGGUGGGAACAAGGUGGAAAAUUGUUCUUCACUCUUGGACGCUAUUAACAAAUUUGAAGGACUGUAUAUGGAAAGAACACAAAACCCUUGGGAUGCUAGAGAUCAUUUUAUGAAGAUGCCUGGUGCAUACUUCCCCAUCGACAUGGACUAUGGAGAUGAGCAAACUUCAGCUGCGCUUGUAGUUGACACUGUGAAAUGCAAGUUACCCGUCCCUGUGCAAAAACUUAUCAUGCACAUAUUUGAUAUUAACAUCAUGAAGCAGACUCUUAUGGAAUUUGAACUUGAUACAGACAAAAUGCCUUUAGGAAAACUAUCGAAGAAACAAAUCAAAUCUGGAUAUAAUGUAUUAUCCGAGCUGCUGAAGUAUCUCAAUGAGGGUAAAGCUAAUGAAAAUAAAAUUGUGGACGCAACCAACAGGUUCUAUACAUUAGUGCCUCACAACUUCGGCACUGACAAUCCACCAUUGUUGAACAACGCUGAAGCUAUUAAGUCUAAAACUGAAAUGUUGGAUAAUCUCCUAGAAAUUGAAAUCGCUUACAAUUUACUCAAGAGUGAGGAUGAUGAUGACAAAUCAGUAAGUCCAAUAGAAACACACUACAUAAAAUUAAAGACUGAAAUCUCUCCACUGGAUGUCAAAUCACCUGAGUAUGAGCUCAUUUUGGAAUACAUGAGGAAUACACAUGCAGAAACACAUUCCUCAUACACCUUGGAUAUUGAGUCUGCAUUCAAAGUAAUUCGCGAUGGUGAAGAGAAACGCUUCAAGCCAUUCAAGAAGCUCCACAACCGAAGGCUCCUGUGGCACGGCUCUCGUGUCACCAACUUUGCCGGAAUUCUAUCACAGGGUCUCCGCAUAGCUCCGCCCGAGGCGCCGGUGACGGGCUAUAUGUUCGGCAAAGGUAUUUACUUCGCGGACAUGGUGUCCAAGUCCGCGAACUACUGCUGCACCAACAAAGCUAAUCCUCUUGGUAUUAUUAUGCUUUGUGAAGUCGCACUCGGUGAUAUGAAGAAGUGUCACCAGGCGGAGUACAUAACGAAGUUGCCGAGUGGCAAACACGCGACGUGGGGUGUGGGACGUACCCAGCCAGACCCGGCGCGCGCUCGCACUCUGCCUGACGGUACUCUCGUCCCGCUCGGCCCGCCUGUGUCCGCUGAACAGAACACUGCGCUGCUCUAUAACGAGUUCAUUGUGUACGACGUGGCUCAAGUCAAAGCCAAGUAUGUGCUGCAGGUUAAGUUCAACUACAAGUUCUAGUUCCCAGUCGCAAUUCUGGAUGUCGACUUAUUUUAUUUACGUUUAUAUUAGCCAUUUAAUGACAUUUGUCUGAUUCCUAUUUUUAAUGUGUCUUUUAAUAUUAAGCGAGAUACGAUACUGUUAUGUUUGAAUUGCUUGUGUUUAAACAACCUAAUGGCGUAUUGCGAGAAUUAUUUUGUUUGAAAUA